GUUAGUAUUCGGCAUUCGUUGAACUAGUGAGUACUAGGGGCUUCACAAGUGUUCGUCGCAGGGCUAUCAAAACACAUCAAAACAUACCUAUUGUCUAACAUCCAUCUCAUCUACUCCAUUUCUUCUUCCAGUCAUCACGUUGUUUUUUAUCAAUAUUGUAGUGAGCUAUGUCUGGUACUGUCAUCCUCACUGGAGCAAACAGCUCAGUCGGUCUCCAUGCCGUGAACCAUCUCCUAGAAGACUAUCCCCAGUCCACUGCAAUCCUGACUGUCAGGAAUGCAACUGACAGCGAUGUCAACACUAACAGUCUACGGUCUAUCGUUUCGCAGUAUUCAAAUGCCCGUGUUUCCAUCGUUGAGGUUGACUUAUCCGAUUUGUCGGCUGUGCAUAAAUUCGCCGACAACCUUUCAGCGUCUAUCGCCGCUGGAGAGUAUCCCCCUCUUGAGGCCAUCAUAUGCAAUGCUUUCUACUGGAAUCUCAUCGCCGACCCGCAACUCAGCAUCGAUGGAUAUGAGAUAACUAUGCAAGUUGGGCAUAUAUCCCACUCGGCGCUUGUUCUUCGUCUUCUCGACCGUUUCGGCCCAGACGGAGGUCGUGUCGAGACCCUCUCCAGUAUCGCACACUAUCGACGCAAGAACUCGAUGACGCAGUUUCCUCCUGAGAUUCCUUCCGACCUGAAUCAGCUCGUAGUCCCGCCUCCUAAUGAAGAUAAGCAAGGUUGGGGCAGCCAUCUAUAUGGCACGUCCAAGUUAAUUAUCACUAUAUGGACGUAUGCGUUGAAUCGCUACUUGCAAAAUGAUCCAAAGUUGAGUAACAUCACGGCCGUGGCCAUCAACCCGGGGAACCUCAUGGACUCUCGAGCUUACCGAACUAACACACCCACGUCCCUGAGAGUCAUGGCAAGAUAUCUCAUGCAACCACUACUACCAUUUAUUCGCCGCUUUCUUGAUAAUCAGUUUCGGCCAUCAUCAGCAGCAGCUAUCGACAUCAUCGAUCUGGGACUCGGCAAGGCGCAUGCCGGAGAGCGAGGCUACUUCACACUUCUAGACAAGGAUGAGCCCGACUCUGCCGCCUUAGACGAGGAAAUUCAGAACCAGAUAUGGGCGAAAAGUAUGGAAUGGGCGAAGAUCACCAAGGAUAAUUGCUCACUGACAGCCGCCUUCGGGUAACUGUCAACUUAAAUGAAUCUGUUCGGGUGGUGUAACAGUUUGCUACCUCCCUGCCUGGGUAGCAAGGUAUUAGACUGGGCCUAUAAUGUUGUGUAAUUUAAAUCCUCCUACGUAGGCCGAAAUUUGUCAAGUACGAUAUCUCCUAUUGAUGUAAUGUAAUAUGAUGCGCUAGGUAGCUAACGGGGACGUCUAAACUUAGCAAGAUCGAGGUCAGAAGCUUCGCACAUUUGGCAAUAAAUGAGGAUCAUCCAUAGAUGAAACUAGGAGUAUUAUCGCAGUGUUUCGCGGCUUUUUGGGUGGCUAAGAUCCCUAAGUUAUAGUGGUUAUUCAUCGAAACUUAGCGGGUAGAUUGCUAGACCUAAUACGUACCUAGUUACGGGGCCAAGAACUUCGCAUCCUCGGAG